AAAGAGGGAGGGAGGAAGAGGGACGGCUGGACUCCAUUAAGCCGAAGCCUGCAGGAAAACUGUUUGGGAUACUUCACUUCUUCUGCGAGUUCUUCCACGGAUUUCUCCCCGCUUUUACCGCCUUCAAAAGACUUUCUACAUGAUUUAAAGAAGGGGGACUUGCUCUGCACCGUGUAGUCGACUGUUUUAGUGUGUUUUUUCCCCUCGUCUUUGUGAAGGAUGGCGCUGGACGGGAUCCGGAUGCCCGAUGGCUGCUACGCCGACGGGACGUGGGAGCUGAAGAUGCAUGUCACCGACCUCCACAGGGACGUGUCGCUGAGGGUCACCGGGGAAAUUCACAUCGGUGGAGUCAUGCUCAAACUCGUGGAGAAACUAGAUGUGAAGAAGGACUGGUCGGACCACGCUCUGUGGUGGGAGAAGAAGAAGACAUGGCUGUUGAAAACCCACUGGACGUUGGACAAGUAUGGUAUCCAAGCUGAUGCCAGGCUGCUCUUCACCCCGCAACACAAACUGCUGCGCCUCCAGCUGCCCAACAUGAAACACAUGAAGGUCAAGGUCAACUUCUCGGACCGGGUCUUUAAGGCCGUGUCGGACAUCUGCAAAACUUUCAAUAUCCGCCACCCAGAGGAGCUAUCUCUACUGCGCAAACCCCGUGACCCCAAAAAGAAAAAGAAAAAGUUGGAGGAGGCAGAGGAGGAUGAUCUGGAGUUGGAGGGUCCGCUGUUAACCCCUGGAUCAGCCUCUGAGAUAAUAUACAUCGGACCUGUCAAAGGGAGCAUCUACUCCAGUCCUGGCUUAUACAGUAAGACUAUGACCCCCACCUACGACUCCAGGGACGGCAGCCCUCUGUCGCCAACUUCCGCCUGGUUCGGAGAUAGCCCCCUGUCCGAGGGCAAUCCCAGCAUCCUUGCUGUCAGCCAGCCAAUCUCCUCACCAGACAUCCUGGUCAAACUCUACAAGCCCCAGUCCUUGUUGGACAAAGCCAAAAUCAAUCAAGGGUGGUUGGACUCUUCCAGAUCCCUCAUGGAGCAGGAUGUAAAGGAGAACGAGGUGCUGCUGCUGAGGUUUAAAUACCACAGUUUCUUUGACCUCAACCCGAAGUACGAUGCCAUCCGAGUGAACCAGCUCUAUGAACAGGCCAAGUGGGCCAUCCUGCUGGAGGAAAUUGAGUGCACGGAGGAGGAAAUGAUGAUGUUUGCUGCCCUGCAGUACCACAUCAACAAGCUGUCGAUCAUGUCCUCAGACAACCACAUGAAUAACAGUGAGAAGGAGGUGGAUGAGGUGGAUGCAGCUCUCUCAGACCUGGAGAUCACUUUGGAGGGUGGGAAGACAUCCAACACACUGGGUGACAUCACAUCUAUUCCUGAACUCGCAGACUAUGUCAAAGUCUUCAAACCCAAGAAACUGACACUGAAGGGCUACAAGCAAUACUGGUGCACAUUCAAGGAUAUCACAAUUUCCUGUUACAAGAGUAAAGAGGAGGCACAUGGGACACCUGCUCACCAAAUGAAUCUCAGAGGUUGUGAGGUAACGCCAGAUGUUAACAUCUCGGGUCAGAAAUUCAACAUCAAGCUGCUAAUCCCUGUGGCCGAUGGCAUGAACGAGAUCUGGCUUCGGUGUGACACAGAGAAACAGUAUGCUCACUGGAUGGCUGCGUGCCGCUUGGCCUCCAAAGGGAAGACCAUGGCUGACAGCUCGUACAACCUGGAGGUCCAGAAUAUUCUGUCCUUCCUCAAGAUGCAGCACAUGAACCCUGACCCGCCAUCCAUUGAACCAAUCACCACUGACAUCAACCCAGAAUGCUUGGUGUCCCCACGCUAUCUGAAGAAGUACAAGAACAAGCAGCCAGGCUAUAUCAGGGACUUGAUUUCAGCUCGGAUCCUUGAAGCCCACCAGAACGUGGCCCAGAUGAGCCUCAUUGAGGCCAAGAUGCGCUUCAUCCAGGCAUGGCAGUCCCUGCCCGAGUUUGGAAUCACUCAUUUCCUCGCAAAGUUCCAGGGUGGAAAGCGGGAGGAGCUGAUCGGUAUCACUUACAACCGUUUGAUCCGGAUGGAUGCCAGCACUGGCGACGCCAUCAAGACCUGGCGCUUCAGCAACAUGAAACAGUGGAACGUCAACUGGGAGAUCAAGAUGGUGACCGUGGAGUUUGCAGAUGAGCCCAGUCUGUCUUUCAUCUGUGCUGAGGUGGACUGUAAGGUCGUCCACGAGUUCAUCGGCGGCUACAUCUUCCUGUCCACACGUGCCAAGGACCAGAACGAGUCUCUAGAUGAGGAAAUGUUCUAUAAGUUGACCAGCGGCUGGGUCUGAGCUGACCAGAGGUCAGAGAUUGUAGGUCAGGGGCCAGGAGGGGAGUGGCUUUGGGGGGGGGGGUGGAACCACAUUGUAUGGGCUUAUUUUAUUCUACUAUUUCUCGGUCUUUUUAAUUGUUUGGAGCUGUGCUGAAGAGUCCAGAGCAGCACGACUAUUGCCAGGGCUGACAACGUUUUUUUUUUUAAUUGUUAUUAUAGUUGUUUUUUUGCAUUAAUGCUGGUAAGGUCAUUUGUUCCUACACUAAUAUUCUGGUGGAUGCAGUCCAGAUGAACUCCUGUGAUUGAGCAGAAGCCUUACAAAUACCAUGAAAUUUGUCUGUUGUCCUUUGACCACCUGCCUCCUCUCCUCCUGGACUGAUGGCCACCAACUUACGUCCAUGACAACCCUUUAAAAACCAAUCAAACAUCAGAUUUUAUCCCAAAGAAUCUUUUUUUUCCCUCCUCUUUACUGUCCUCUCUCUCUCUGUCUUCUAAAACUGGACUAAAGAGCUGACAUUAAACUGUCAUGAGAACAUAUUGCGAUUACAGCGCCACAGAUACCUACAGUUACAUAAAAUUAUUUAUCCUGAAAGACGGACUUCAUCAAAGAGUCCAAUCAAAAGGGUAUCUGGAACAGCAGUGGCCGGUCAGCGCCGCUCUCUGCGUCCAUCCUGUCCACCCCCUGAAAGGUUUAAUCUCUUUGAAGUCACAUGUAAGCACUUCUGCAUUAUACAGUCCUGUUUAUGAAUAAGCUGUUGUUGAAUUUCCUUUCGCUUCUGAUGUCUGUCUUUGUUUCUGAACUUGUGUCCUCUUUGUUGAGUCUCCCUAUUAAAUUAGCUGACAGGUGUGACAUUGUGAGACUUGCUUUGUGUUUCAGACACUGCUGAUAGUGAGCAUGUCUGAUGAAACACUACAGCUCAGUGCGCUGGGAUGAGCAUCCUGUGGGUUCAGAAAUCUGGUUUCCAGCUGAUGUAAAUGUUCUUUCUGCAGAAAUCUUAAAAAGUCUUUUAGUCUCGUGGUCCCUUAAAGCAACACUGAGAUCUUAAAGCAGAUCUCAACUUGUUUUUAACAAUAUAAUUGAGUCUUAAAGAUCGUAACAUGACUUUUUAAGAUGACAUUUCCACAUGUUUUUACCAACGUUGUUUCACCUUCUAACAAGGAAGUGCACAAAUGAUGCAUCAAAGAGAAUCUAUUGAUAUUCUGCAGCAUGUUUUCAGCAGCAUCCAGACAUUUGAAACCGCUGACGUCUCUCUGCCUUGUGCACGUACACUACAAAACAAGAGGGACACUAUCACAAUUCCCUCAUACCACCUCUUGUAUGAAUGCUGUUCUGUUCCUCACACCGUAUAGUAUUAUUAUUAUCAUUUUUAUCAAUAUACACCAGCAAAAGGUCACAGAGUUUUAAGAAUGAAUAUGCAAACUUUUUUUUUGUUCUGUCCUCAGUAUGAAGGAUCAGUAAAUGAAGUAUUAUUUUUUGUAACUAAUGUAAAAACACAAACGUUUUAUAGAAUUGUACAGUUUUUUUUCUGCUUUUUGGGGGGAGGGUUUGGAGGUUGUUGGUUUUUUUUUUUUCUUUUAGUAAAAAGGGGGUAAGCCAUCUGUCAACAUGUGUAGUAUUCAGAAUUGUGCCUGCUUAUGUUGUGGUCUUACUGAGUUUUCAGAUGAAGAUAUAUAUGAAUAUAUAUAUGAAGAUAACACUAGUCUCAAACUCCAGGUUUGGUUCAAAUGUUUGUCGAGUACAUAUUUUUUUCUAAAAUACAGAUAUAUAUGCCUUUUCAUUGUGCCCUGUUCUUCUUGCUUGGUUUUAUUAAUUUUCUGCUGAUUAUGUCCAUUUGUGACCCUGAGUUGCAUUUUCAGCUCAUUUUUAAACUGACAAUGAUACCUUAUGUGCAUUUUUGCUGCAAAUUUGACUCGCUCGGUGCCUUUUUAAAAAAAAUACUUCACUUAAUCAUCUGGUUUUUGUCACAACUGAAGUGUGCCAUUUUAAAAUGUCCGUAUGAAGGAGACCCUGGAGUUUGAGACAAAUCAGCAAAAAAUGAACAGAGGUCAGAGAAAACCAAGCCGAGUCUGUCACCUUUUUUUUUUUUCCUCUGAUGUUGUUUCUGUUUGCCUCCAGUGUCAGGAGCAGUGGUGCAUGUCCUGCUGUUCUGUUUUCUGACUGUAAAAAUGCAUUUAUUUUAAAAAAGUAAUAAAGUAAUUUUUAUUUAAA